AUGCGUGUGUUUACCCAGGGGUGUAAGCUUCCCUGGGCAGGGAAACGUCCUGGGCUGGCACGUGGCCAGUAUAAUCAUCCUUUUGAAGAUGAUUACCUUGUUUCCAUGGAAACUCUCACUUAUGAUACUCCUGAUGAUGAAGCGAGUGAUGUCGAAAUAGUUUCAGUAAGAAGAAAAUUUGAAGACGUUCACCUCCAGAAUCUCAAUGUAGAUGAUGGAAAAAUUCAAGAGAAAGUCAAAGUUCCAGUGGAUGUGAUAGUACAAGAUGAUGCUAGAAAAAUUCCCCAAUGGAUUGAGAUUCCGAAUGUAGAUGACGAAAGAAUUCAAGAGAAAGUCAAAGUUCCAGUGGAUGUGAUAGUACAAGAUGAUGCUAGAAAAAUUCCAAGAUGGAUUGAGGUAGCACCUCAAUGUUUGCCGAAAGGUUUUCAUGUAACUUCGUCUGUGCAAGAACUGAUUGACAAUCAAGCUACUGUUUGCAGAAAGAAACUAGAGUUGUCAAAUGAAUGUUCUUCAUCCAGAUUUCUACAGUUACAAUAUUCUGGUAUUCCCAUUCCAUCAAAUACAAAAACCAUACCCACACACCAACCUUCUGCAGAACUGAACACAACUUACUGUGACAGUGUCUUUGAAGAAUGCCAGUCAGUGUGCGGGGGGUGCUCCUUGAGCAAUACAACUCUUGCAGACUUGUAUCCAGUGAUGUUAGAGACAUUUACAAGGCUCAUGACAAAGCACUCUCAGAGAAAAGUAUUAAAAUACUUGCUUGGGCACUUAAGGUCCAAAAGAUGUCAUUCUAGAAGACCAAAGAUCAAUAUCACUGUGGACAAAAUAAGAGGGUUCAGACCUUUUAAACUAAAGAAAGGACUACACAGCAUAUGCAGCAGUAGAAGUGAAGACAAUCAGAAUCCAGCCUUUGGAAAUGAGAGCAGAGAAUUUUGUUAUGAUGAUUGUCUCAUUAAUAAUUCAUCUGCUCUGGUACCUUAUACUGAUACAAAUGAAUUCAAAAUGGACUACUCUGACUCAAGUUUAGAGCAUCAUCUGGUAUCUGGAAAAGGCCAAAAAGUCUCCAUACAGACUGUUUUUCCUAAUGUUAUGGCUAGAAUGGGAGAGACCUUUGUAGCUGAAGAUGAGUUGCAGACUACUGCCUCAUUGAAGAGUUCAGAAUACAAAGAAAGUGAAAAAUUGGCUUACAGAUGUUCCUCAGAACACAAUUUUGUAACACCUGUUGCCAGUUCAGAGUCAACAGUGCUUCAUCUUGUAAAGGAGAGCAAGACUCAGAAAACUGACUUUUCUUGUGGUACCUCAGACUCAUGUUCAUCUGCUUGCAGUUCCUAUGGCAGUAAUAACACUUCUGCACCUGUCACAAACUAUUCUUCUGCGAGAGCAUCAAAUGCUUUGCUCAUAAAUCCUGAAAAAAUAAUUUCUGAAGGACAAAUUUCUUUCCAGCACAAACACUCAUUUUCCUCAUCAUUUAUGAAGCAGAGUCCUUCAAAGAUGCCCCAGAAAUAUGAAGAUGCAUUUGAAAAACUCUACUACAAAGUGUGUUCAGAAGAAAUCCAAAAGCCUUUGGUAUUGAGAAGACCUACUUCAAAUUCACAGAAACUUGAAGAGAAAGGAAGAUUAAUGAAAAGUAAUCUAAGUGUUUUUGUGAAGCCCAGAACACAGUAUGAUAGAGAAUUUGACAGGAUCUAUGAGCAAUUGUGUAGUGAGCCUGUUCCAAAACUUCCUGGGUUGCAGAGAGCUUCAAAUUUAAGGAAAUAUGAAGGAAUAAAAAUGUCUGAAACUGUAAAUGCUCUUGUUAACUCACCUGUUCGCACUUUAUCUGCAAUUCCCAGAGUUAAAAGAUUAGGAAAUUUUCAAAAUGAUCUUCCUUGUUCACCAGUAAAGCGACUGAAACAUAUACCAGAACAUUAUUUUUCUUCAACAAAAUGUCAAGAGAUUUCUCACAGAAAAAAGCUUAAUCUUCAGACAGUCGACAUGGAUUUUUUGAGCACAUAUAAUGGCAACAACCCCAGCUUUUUUGAAGAUCACAGCUGUCGGAGUCAGCACUCUGGAUUUCGUGAUUCUUCAGAUAAAACUUCUCUUGAUAUUCCUGGUACUUGCCUGCAAGAAGUCGGGGUUGCAUAUCCCCGCUCUGGUUGGCCCAGGACAAUGGCGAUUUGCAGCUCUCCCAGAAACGUGCAGAUGUGUCACCAAAGGGUAUACAGAAAACUAAGCUACACUGAUGGGAAAGACCAAAAUCCCAGCCAUACCUUGGACUUCCCCAGCAAAACUCAUCAAGGAGCAUUCAUAGACUGCUAAAUAUAAAACAUAGUUUUUAUAAAGUUUGCGCUUUAUCUGGCUUUCUUCUUCCACGAAUCAAGUAUGUUUGUAAUACACAACUAGUUCUGAUAUAUACUUCCUUGCAAUAUAAUUCUUCAGGAACGGGUUUAUCCCUUUUGACAGGGCAUUUCUUACUCAAUUUAUGGCUAAGUUGGAAUUGUGUAUUUUAGUGCUUAUAAUAACAGAAUGUUACCUAUAUUACCUUUUAUCUGCUAAUAAGCUUUGAUUCUUAAAGUGUUAAUAAUAAGAUAAGGAACAAGCUCAUUCACCUAAAUUCCUGCUUAUUCAUGCUUUCUCUAUGUCUCAGUAUACCCCUAAAAUCAGUAUUAUAUGCUAUGAUUUUUGUCUGUUAUGCCAUAUUACUGUUAAAAUUUUAUAAGCAGCUCAUCAAAGCUGAUUGUUCAAUGACAUUUUAUAAAUUUUACUGGAUUUGGUAAAGUUAUGUUCUAUGU